GCAAAGUAUAGUAGGGAGUGAGGUGAUGCCUCUGGACUAUGGGAGCAUGGACUCAAAGAGUAGUCCUUCUCCUUCUAAUUCGGAGAAUACAGUGGAGGGGGUGAGAGGGGAUGAGGUGAUAGAGGUAGGGGAGGAAGAGGUAGUAGGGGUUGGGGGUAAUGAGGUGGUAGGGGUUGGAGGAGGUAGCAUACCCAUAACCGUAGUAGAAGUAGAGGGUAGGGGCAAGAGGGAGUAUGAUGUGAACGUCGAGAUAGUGGAAGAGGUGCAGCAGUAUAGGUCUGAACUAAGGACCAGGGAUAGCCUGGGUCACUUAGUGGAAAAUUACGAGAUCUCUUCUCGAGUGCUGGUUAGGCUAGCUGGGGUAAAGGAGAGAGCGUGUUCUGCUCCUCGGGACCAUUGGAUGCCCAUAUAUUCCCACUAUCUGUUAGCGGGAUUGAGGUUUCCAAUUCCUGAGCUGUUGGUAGGAUUAUUAUUAGAUUAUAAGAUAGGGUUGACACAAUUAGUCCCCAAUGCUAUGAGGGGGGGUAGUAGGAGGGAUAAGGGGUGGUAUUAUUUUACCCCAAGGGUAGCCAAUAGGGAGAGUAGGUCUCUAUUCACAGCGGCUGAAAUGGACCAGUUUCUAAACACUGCUGGAGGAGCGGCCAUCCCCAAGAAGCCAAGGAAGAAGUCAAAGACUUCAACCAAGCAAGUGGAUGAGGGGAGGGCAAGGAAGGAGGUAGUGCCCACGAUCUCAGCUGAGGUGGAGGAGGAGGUGCCACAGUUGAAGAGAAAGGGGUGGGAGGAGAGGAGGGCACUGCAGAAGAAGCAGAGGGUGGUGGAGGAAGAGACGGGGAAUGAGGUCCCUGUGUUCGUACCUCAGCCUUCUCCUGUUGAGCUGAACCCUGAGCUCAGACAGUUGGAGGAGGGGGCUAAGGUACGAGCUCCUGGUAAGGGAAAGGGCCCUGUUCCCCCACUGGGGCCUCAGAGUAACCUGUUCGAGGCGAAGAACAUAACGGGGGCUAGGUGGUUCAUCAACAACACCUUCCCCGAAGUGGACCAAUGCAACGCGCAGGAGGAAGCUUUGAGGUAUGGUGGAGCGUCCGUGGUGAAGCACGUUCUAGAGAGCGCGAGCUGGGUGAAUGGUCUAGCCCAAGAAUUCAGGGAGAGCCUGAAGGAUCAUGCACUCUUACAGAGGCAGCGGGACCAGCUGCAGAAGGAGAAGGAGGAGUUGGAGAAGAAGAAUAAGGAACUGCAAGAGUCUCUGAACGAGGCACAAGAAAUGAAGCUGAUGACAGAGGCAUUCAAGGAGCUGAAGGGGAAUAUGCGGAAGUUGGUGCAUAAUGGGAUGAAGGAGCACAUCAGCAACUUCAUCAGUUCCAGCUCGUUUGACAGCAUCCAAGACGGAGGAGUGGAGGAGGAUGGCGAGAGCAUGUCAGCAGACUUCCGUCCUCAGAUUAAGCUGAGGUGGGAGGAUGAUGCAGACGGUCUUGCUGUUUUUCCUCCACAGUUCGACUUCGAGUUCGUUGCAGUGGAGGAAGAAAGGGCAGAGGUAGAGGAGGACGAGAUGGAGGGAGGAGGACGAGAUGGAGGCAGGAACAAGCAGCAGCCAACACAGCCACCUCCUCCAGCUGAGCAGGAGCUAGUGGAGCCACCUCUCCGAGCAGAGAAAUAAUUUUGUUUUUUGAUUUUUUGUAAAGACAGUUAAACAGUUUGUAAUAUUUAUGUUAUUUUGAAUGAAAAUUCAUUUUUGAAAUUAUGUGUUUAUUUGUGUUUGCCUGUUUAUUAUUAUAUAUUGAUAGAAGAAUUGAGACUACCUUUAAAAAGGAUAGUUAAUAAAAAGAAAUUAAUCAC